AUCGGGUCGGAUUCGGAGCCGGAGCGGGCCUCCGAAAACCCUCAGAGCUCCUCCUCAAUCGUUGCCGGCGGUGCCGUCGCCGGCGUGCUGCCGGAGGCCGAGGCUUUCGCCGUCCAUUACCCUGGCUAUCCCUCCUCCCCCUCCCGUGCCGUCCACACUCUCGGCGGAAUCUCUGAGCUCUCUAAGGCUCGAAGCUUGGAUUCCAACAAUGUCGAGCUUCGCUUCCGGCCGGAGGAUCCUAAUUCCCACCCGGCCUUUGGCGAGCGCCGCCUUUCGUCUUCUCUCCUCCUCAAGGUCUCCAAGCCUAAGAAUUCUGGGCCUGAGAGCAUCUCCGCCAGUGUCGUUGCCCGCGUCCUCCGUGCCUAUCAUUUUGAAGGGAUGGUGGAUUACCAGCAUGUUGUGGCAGUACAUGCUGCAGAGGCGCGGAAGAGGAAGAGGCCAUUGAAUUCUGAUGAAAGAUUAGAUUUUGAGAAAAGUGGUGUCUUGGACUCUGAUGUGGGGGAUGUUAUUAUGAUGGUGCCUCCGCUCUUCUCAGUUAAGGACAUCCCAGAGAAGAUCGUGCUUAAUCCAUCAACAAAUUUAUUCUCAAAGAGCAUGCAAAGGGGAGUUGUAGAGCACCGUUGGGAGAUGGAUAUAGAACCAUGCCUUGCAAUUGACUUCAACAUAGAAAAUAUUCCUGUUAAGUUUGAUUGGGAAGAAAGCAUCGCAAGAGGGACAACAGAAUGGGAGUGGCAGAUGGCUGUAUCUAAAUUAUUUGAUGAGCGACCUAUAUGGCCUAGAUGGUCCCUUUAUGAACGUCUGCAUGAUGAUGGUCUGCAGGUUACUGAAAACCAUUUGAAGAGGCUUCUGUUUAGAACUGGCUACUACUUUUCUACAGGACCAUUUGGUAAAUUUUGGAUGAAAAAGGGUUAUGACCCACGUAAAGAUCCUGAAUCGCGGAUAUAUCAAAGAGUUGAUUUCCGCAUGCCGCCGUCAUUAAGAGAUAAUGCAAAUGCUGACAGCCAACCGGAGCAGUCAUGCAAGGAUAAAAACCGGUUUCAAGUAUUUCCUUGCAAAAAUUUCAUCUCCUUGCAACUUUUUGAGCUCGAAGAUGAUUUCAUUCAGGAACAAAUAAGAAAACCUUCUUUGCAAACAACUUGUUCUCGUGGAACAGGAUGGUUCUCUGGGCCGAUGAAUAGACUGCUGGGUUUGCGAGUGAAAAUAAGGUUUCUGUCCAUAUGCUGUAAAAAUGAAGCUGCAGACCUGCUCAGAUCGGCAAAUGAGCUCUUUGACAGGACUAAGAAGCAAGAAGCUCUUAGCCGAAUUCGCAAGCCUGAAAAGGAGCUACAUGAUGCCAAUCGAGAUUCUUGUGAUUCUGCGGGUGUUCCUUCUCCUGAAUCUAAUGAUUUCGGAUAUGAGAAUGAAGAUCAAGAAGAGCCUAAUAAUUGCGACAUCGAGGAAGAUGAUGAUGAUGAAGAAGAAGAAGAAGGAUAUGACUCACUGCCAAUCGUGGCCGAAGAUGAUCAUUUCUCUCUUGAUGCGAAUUCUUAUCAAGUUGGAGAAGGCAUCUCCGAGGAUUUCCUGCAAGAACUCUUGCGAGGUUUCCCGCUAAGCAAUGGCUUCAAUGAUCAACAACCAAGCAAUAAUAUCGACCGCGCCGAUUUAAGUGACGAUGAGUAUCAGAUAUAUGAACAAGAAAGUGAUGACAAUGAUAAUUUUUUCGAUGAUGAUAACAAUGGUCUUAAUUGACUGUGGGAUGUGAAGGUGAUUUUAACUUCAUGUAACAUUAGUUUUUUGGUUCUAGUAUUAACAAAGGUGAUGCUAAUGAAAUGUAAGCUAUUUUUUUGUACAAUAACUCUGUAAUGAAAAGUCAAUUUAAAAAUUUUGAAAUAACAAGGGAAA